UCUAUGGUCUGUGACGUAGUACGGAAGCCUAACACGGUCAAUUCCCGUGCGCAGUGAGUUCGCGAGCAGCGUGUCUAUGGCCGGCUUGGAGGACAGUGCCGUGGUGUUUAGACGCGGAGCCGGCCAGAGUGACGAUUCCGAUAUCUGGGAUGAUACCGCACUGAUAAAAGCCUAUGAUAAAGCAGUGUCCUCAUUUAAGAAAGCUCUGAGGAAUGGAGAUUGUGCAAUGGAUUCCCCGACACCCGAAAAAAACGCCAGUGCAAAAAGAAAAAACAAGAAGAAGAACAAAAGUAGAAAGAAAAGCAAUACAGCGCCUUUGAAAAAGUGGAAGGUAGGAGAAGCCUGUAAUGCAAUGUGGUCUGAGGAUGGAAAUGUUUACCCAGCUACUAUCUCUUCCAUCGAUGGAAAAAGAGGGACUUGUAUAGUUGUUUAUACUGGGUAUGGCAACAAUGAGGAGCAGAAUCUGUGUGACUUGCGAUUCCCAGACAGUUCUGAAGUGGAGAGUGACCAGAAAGAUCAAGAGCUGGAUGUGAAUGGAGAUGAACAUUCAACUGACGAAAGUGAAUUGUCUUCUAGAUCUACUAACAAAGAUCCCCAUGGACGAACCUCACCAUUGCCUCCACCCUGGAACUCUUACUUCCCUCCCGUUCCACCUCCACCGUUUAUGCCAGGCUUCGGCAGGCAUGGUGAGAAAUCAAACCCGGGCCAUUCCUACCUUUCAGGUUGGCCCCCACCCUUUUCUCCAGGACCACCAUUGAUUCCGCCCCCUCCUCCAAUGGGCCCAGAUACCACUGAAGAUGAUGAGGCCUUGGGAAGUAUGUUAAUUGCCUGGUACAUGAGUGGCUAUCACACCGGUUAUUAUUUGGGCUUGAAACAGAGUCGAAUGGAGGCUUCAUAUGGAAAGUAUCCCCCACCCAAAUAACUGAAAAUUCAUGAACAUGUAUUUUAAAUGCACAGAGGACGUGUCUUCCUUGGUAUUCAACACACAGAAAAGGAAAAAUACAAGUCUGAGGAUCACUGCUCUCAUUCAUCUGUUCAUCAUCUCUCUGUUCAGCAAUAGGUUUUCAUUUUGAAAAAACCUGUAAAAUUGGAACCUAGAAGUU